AUGCCAGACGGUAUCUCUCACACGUCUAAAAUGAACAUUUUAUGGUUUCUACUCAUCCUCACAGAUACGUGGGCUGAAGACCCUCCAAAGGACCAGUAUGGGUUGAAGGGAGGUUCAGUGUGUCUGGCUGUUGCAGAACAACCUGAGGAACUUAAAGGACUUAGAUGGAAGGUCAAUAGUACUGUAAUAGUUGAUGAUAAAGAGUUCUCUCCUAAAUACAAGGAGAAAGUGGAUUAUAAUCCAGUGAACCAAACACUGUGCAUUAAGAAUCUGACGGACACAGACAGUGGAAUUUACAUUGCAAAUGCAAAGAAAAUAUAUUGGACAGAUUCAACGUCUUCAUACAGGCUUAAGGUGUUGGCUGUGUUGGUUGUUGUAGAAGCUGUUCCCAUUCCAGCCAUGCAGGUGACCUACUACAACUCAAGUACAGGACUUUGUACCAUCACAGUGAAUUGUUCAGGCUGGAUGUUUUCUGUCUGUGAUGGAGGUCAGUGCCCACUGUACCAGGAUUCUCUGUCAGUCUCUGAGGUCAACAUCACCGUCUCCAGUGGUAAUGGAUUCAUCCAGUGUAUCGUCAACAAUCACGUCAGUGCAGGGACCAAAUCACAACGCAUGGAGGACAUAUGUCAGUCUUAUUUACUAGCUUCUACCUUCUAUCAGAUCUUUUGA